GGCCGUGCGGGCUCCAGCGUGGUGCUCAGCGCCUGCCGAGGGCUGCGAGGACUUAUCGUAUUGAGCAGCAAUUCCAGUUACAUCUUAGAGCCAGUUCCCGACAGCCCCAAUCAGCACUUGAUCUACAGGUUAGACAACCUGAGGCUGCAGAGAGGAGCCUGUGGCUACCAGGACACUGGGGACGCAGCCAAAGACUGGUUCAGGGACUUCACCACUGGGAUGAAACCACCCCACCAGCGGGUGAAACGAGAGACUCUGCAGGCUACGAAGUACGUGGAGCUUCUGCUCGUGGCUGAUUAUGCAGAGUUUCAGAAGAAUCACUUCAGCAUUGAAGCAACAAGGCUUAAAUUGGUAGAGGCUGCUAAUUAUGUAGAUAAGUUUUACAGAUCCCUGAAUAUCCGGAUUGCCUUGGUGGGGCUGGAGAUCUGGAGCAACUGGAAUAAAUGUGAUGUAACUGAGAAUCCCUACUCUACCCUGAAGUCCUUUCUGGCCUGGAGCAGCAAGGAGCGGGUGUACAGAAGACACGAUAAUGCCCAACUCAUCACGGGUGUGCCCUUCCAAGGUACCACAAUAGGCUUGGCUCCCGUGAUGGCCAUGUGCUCCGAUUUCCAGUCAGGAGGAGUAAACAUGGAUCACUCUGAUAAUGCCCUUGGUGUUGCUGCUACCAUUGCCCAUGAGAUGGGACACAAUUUUGGCAUGAAUCAUGAUUCAGCUGGCUGCUGUACUACCCCUGCAGAAGAUGGAGGCUGCAUCAUGGCUUCUGCAACUGGGCACCCUUUCCCCAAGGUGUUCAACCAGUGCAAUAGGAAAGAGCUGGAGAAGUAUCUGCAGUCUGGUGGAGGGAUGUGUCUCUCCAAUAUGCCAGAUACCAAAAAAAUGUAUGGUGGGAAGAAAUGUGGAAAUGGCUACCUGGAAGAAGGGGAGGAGUGUGACUGUGGAGAGGUGGAGGAAUGCAAUAACCCCUGCUGUGACGCCAGCACCUGCACCCUGAAGCUGGGUGCUGAAUGUGCCCAUGGCAGCUGCUGUCAUCAGUGCAAGCUGAUGUCUCCAGGAACUCUCUGCAGGGAAAGGUCAGGACUCUGUGACCUCCCAGAAUACUGCACUGGAGAGUCCCCGUUUUGCCCCCUCAACUCUUACCAGAUUGAUGGGGCUUCCUGUGAUGGAGGAAAGGCCUAUUGCUACAGUGGCAUGUGUCUCACCUACCAAGACCAGUGCCAGCAGCUGUGGGGGCCUGGAGCAAGACCAGCACCAGACGCCUGCUUCGAGAAGGUUAAUGCUGCUGGAGACAUCUAUGGGAACUGUGGGAAGGACCUCUACGGCAACUACAGGAAGUGUGAGAUGAGGGAUGCUAAAUGCGGGAAGAUCCAGUGCCAGAGCUCUGCUUCCAAACCCCUACAGUCCAAUGCGGUGGCCAUAGACACGACUAUCCACAUGCAGAGGGGACAGCUGAGGUGCCGAGGGACCCACGUGUACAGAUCUGAGAGUGAAGAAAAGGAGAUGCUGGAUCCUGGCUUGGUGUUGACAGGAACAAAGUGUGGGAGCCAUCAUGUUUGCUUUGAGGGACGUUGCCAGAACACAUCCAUCAUCUUUGAUUCUGAAAGCUGUAGCAAGAAGUGCCAUGGGCAUGGAGUCUGCAAUAACAACAAGAACUGUCACUGCAACCAGGGGUGGGCCCCCCCAUUUUGCAACAAGCCGGGGACUGGAGGAAGCUUGGACAGUGGUCCCCCCAUGCCUGAAGGCCCUUCAGCGGUUGUGAUAACUCUUGCAGUCCUGGCUCCCAUUCUUCUUCUCAUUGGAAUAAUGUUUUUAUUCUAUUAUCUGAAGUGCUGGCAUAAAUUUGCCAUCUGUUCUCUAAAGAAGACACCACAGUUCAGUGAUACCUCUGGAAAUGGGCAUGCAAACCCUGCCUUCAAGUUGAAAACUCCCCAGGAGCAGAGAAAGGCGAUUGGCGUCCCUGAAAUGCCAUCGAAGCCUCCCCCCCCGCAGGCUGCAGGGCUGCAGAUGAACGUGCAGCAGGCGCCCGCCUUCUCCUCCGGCUCCC